AUGGCGGCUUCCCUCCCCGCGGGGGCGACGAGGAUCCUGCGUCCGGCGGUGCUUCCAGGCGAGGGGCUUCGCCGGCUCCUCCACACCCACCAGCGUUACGAAACCCCCCGACAAUACCUUUCGUCGCAAAUCCAGCAGAAGAAAGAGGAGCUGUACGAUCUCAUCGCCCUCGCCGAUGCCAAUUCUGCGGCUUCCCGGGUGGACAAACUUCUGUUCAGGUCUCUCUGUACCCAAGUUGAGCCGAGACCACAUGACCCUCAAUGGCGCCACAUAAAAAGGAUCGAUAAGAUUUGCAGUUGGAUUAUGCCGACAUUUGUUUUUGUUAAUAUUGGGGCCACUCUCUGUGCCAUUGCUGGCUCUGCUGGAUCAGAGGGAAAUCUUUAUACCACUGAGCGUGUGCGCGUGCCAGUGGAGCUCGGCAGCCAGCGUGAGGGUGGGCGCAAGCCAGUCGAGCUCGGAUGCCUGAAUGAGGGUGUGCGCAAGCCAGUAGUGCUCGUGCGCCGGCGUGAGGGUGAGCACAAGCCAAAGGAGUAAGGCAGACCUGACUGAGGGUGUGGUCAAGCAAGUGGAGCAGGCCAGAAGGAAAAGAAGUGAAGAUUACGUGCAUCUUGUUUGAUGGAGAACCAAGACGGGUAUAAGUUAUUUUCCAGCACUAUGUUCGAUCGGUAUGUCUCUUGUAAUAUAUGGUCUAUCAUCUGCCACCUAGAACUUGAGUAGUAGGAUUACUAGAUGAUGAUCCGUAACCGCAUC